AUGCUUUUAAAAUGCGAGGCCUGUGAUAACGGAGAUAAGUCAGCCUUCAUCCCUAACGAAUUAAUCAUCCUCCAACUGCUGGGACCAAGCAUCAAAUACUACGUUUUCAACUACCGUCUACCUUUCCUGGGUAGUUUGGAGGAGUGCGCUGUUGAUAUUUCGCCCUCUGCGACAUCUUGGCACCGUCGAAGCUUCGCCGCAAGAUCUAAUUCCAGCAGACGGGCAGUCGUUGAACCCCUCGAUCUUUGCCCUCGUACCCGUCUCCCCCCGCCUCUCCUCGCCCCCUGGGAGCGCGACGUAAACUUUUCAUUUCGUGAUCCACUUCAUCUGCUCGUUGUCGAUUUUGUUGAUCGAAGGGGCGCGAAAGUUGCUUUUCCACUGGCCACACCUCUUGUUCACCAAACACCCCUUGGUAUUUCAACUGCAAGUGAGCCCGAGAGGGAUCCUGGUGCGGGCUCCGAUUUAUUAAUCUGGCGUGACCCGAGCCCUGAGAAACGGAUCAAAUUGUGUACACGCGCAGAAACCCUGCUUUCGAAUAGCGAUAACCCGUUUCUUGCUCCCUACGAUAUCUUGGAACCAUUUCAUUUGCCUUGCUAUUUGGUGGAUUAUCUCUAG